GCGGGGCGGUGGGAGGGGGCUGGCCGCGGGGCCGUGGCGCGGCGGGCGCAGAGCGCGGCGGACACCGCUCCGCUCCGCUCCGCUCCGCUCGGCGCGCACGGGGCCGGCGCUCCAUGAGCCGCCGCGGGGGCGGUCGGCGCUGCCCUCGCUCCCCGCCGCGGAGCCGCCGCGCCGCCGGAGCCGGGAUGUGACUUGCGGAGGGCUGGCGGACAGAGCUGCCCCGCCGCCCUCGGCCGCAGCAGACAGCGGAAAAAUGAAAACCUACCCAGCCAUUGGUUUCUUCCUGCUGCUGGUGAUCAGCUAUGGCUCUUCAGAGAACUCCAGCACGCCCCGAGGCUGCGGGCUGGAUCUGCUCCCCCAGUACGUGUACCUGUGUGACCUGGAUGCCAUCUGGGGCAUCGUGCUGGAGGCGGUGGCGGGGGCAGGUGUGCUGACCACGCUGCUGCUGAUGCUGAUUCUGCUGGUGAGGCUGCCCUUCAUCAAGGACAAGGAGAAGAAGAGCCCCCUGGGGAUGCACUUCCUCUUUCUCUUCGGGACUCUGGGGCUCUUUGGGCUGACGUUUGCUUUCAUCAUCCAGGAAGAUGAGAUGGUGUGCUCCACCCGAAGGUUCCUCUGGGGAGUUAUCUUUGCUUUGUGCUUCUCCUGCUUGCUAGCCCAAGCCUGGAGGCUUCGCAGGCUCGUUCGCCACGGGAAGAGCCCGUCUGGCUGGCACCUGGCCGGGGUGGCCACCUGCCUGAUGCUGGUGCAGGUCAUCAUUGCCACCGAGUGGCUGAUCCUGACCGUGGUCAGAGAUAACAAGCUGGCCUGCAGCUACGAGCCCAUGGAUUUUGUCAUGGCUUCCAUUUACGUUAUGUUCCUGAUGGUGUUCACCAUGGGAUUUUCGUUUUUCACUCUCUGUGGGAAGUUUAAGAAAUGGAAGAAAAACGGAGUAUGCCUCAUUAUAACCCUUUUUUUUUCCAUUCUGAUUUGGGUGGCCUGGAUGACUAUGUACCUCUUCGGGAAUGCUGAGCUGCAGAGAAGAGACAAAUGGAGUGAUCCCACUCUGGCUAUUGCACUGGUGUCCAGUGGCUGGGUGUUUGUCAUUUUUCAUGCCAUCCCAGAGGUCCACUGUACCAUCCUUCCAUCCCAGCAGGAAAACACACCCAAUUAUUUUGAUACUUCGCAGCCAAGGAUGCGUGAAACCGCUUUUGAGGAAGAUAUACAGCUUCCUAGGAGCUACAUGGAAAAUAAAGCCUUUUCAAUGGAUGAACAUAAUGCAGCGCUGAGAACGGCAGGAUUCCGGAACGGCAGUUUGGGAAGCCGGCCUAGCGCUCCUUUCAGAAGCAAUGUUUAUCAGCCAACUGAGAUGGCAGUUGUGCUAAAUGGUGGGACUAUACCAACUGCUCCGCCAAGUUACACUGGACGACACCUCUGGUGAAAGGCUGUAGGCUGUAGAGAAUAAGAAUCCUUGUUGCAGAUGUUGUUCCCUGGCAGUGUGUCUUUGAGGGAAGGAAUCCAUAACAGUACCAGAACAAAGCAACAAAACAUCCAGGAUCUUUCUAAAUCCUACAGAGGAUUUUGCCUAAAUGUGAACACCAUUGAAUGGAGAAUUGCAAAAACAAAAUUGUAAAACUGAAGCUGAAUCUAAUUUAAAACAGAAGUAGGCACACCUUAAAUUGGCAGAGGAGACACUGUAUUCUGAAGUGUAAGAUAUUCUCUUGUCUGUAACUUGUGUGCCAGGCGAGCCUGGUUUUGGUGCUUGCCAGUUGCUUGCAAAAUACCUUCCUCUCACCUAAACUUAAUUCAUGUUGCCACAAGAGAUUGCCACUACAGUGCGAAAACACGCGGGAUUUCUUUCCUUUUUUCUCCUUUUCCUGUCAUGUCCAGCGUCACGAGAAGUCCCCUGUUUGCUCCCUCCCUAGCUGUGCUGUGCAGUCACGCAGCAUCGUGUGUGGUCACACACGGUCCCUCGGUGGCAGCGCAGUCCCCGUAGGCUGAUGCUCUGCAGGCCGAUGCUCUGCUCUCUCAGGAGCUCUGCGGGCCGAUGCUCUGCUCUCUCAGGAGCUCUGCGGGCCGAUGCUCUGCUCUCUCAGGAGCUCUGCGGGCCGAUGCUCUGCUCUCUCAGGAGCUCUGCGGGCCGAUGCUCUGCUCUCUCAGGAGCUCUGCGGGCCGAUGCUCUGUUCUUUCAGGAGCUCUGCAGGCCGAUGCUCUGUUCUUUCAGGAGCUCUGCGGGCCGAUGCUCUGUUCUUUCAGGAGCUCUGCAGGCUGAUGCUGUCCUCUUUCAGGAGCUCUGCUCUCUCAGGAGCUGCCUGGAGGUGCAGUUCGGGAGCGCUGUGCAGGCUCCGUGCCCCGUUCGGAGCUGCUCGGGGCAGGGCGGCUCUCCCGGGCGCAGGGAUGGGUUCCUGCAGCCGCCGCAGCCAGGUGCGAGCAGAGCCCGCAGGCGAAGCCGUUCCUCGCCGGGCUGCCCGGGCAGGGCAGGGCCGAGCCCCGGGCGGUGCUGCUCGGGCAGGGCAGGGCCGAGCCCCGGGCGGUGCUGCCCGGCAGGAAGGGCUGCGGAGCCGCCGGGCUGGGCUCGGGCAGGAGCCGGGGCGGCGCAGGCUGAGCCCCGAGCCCCGCUCGGAGCAGCUCCGCUGCCCUCCGCCGCAGCUGUUCGUGCAUUUAAACGUGGUUGUGCAUUUUAGUGCCUAGAGAGUAGAAUCUCUGUGCUGGAGGUGGUUUGUUGUUGUUUUUGUUUAUUUAAGGUGGUUUCUUCCCUGGUCCUCCCCUCCCCAUCCGUUUUCUUGAGUUGAUAUAAGGCAGUUUUCAAAGCUUUUCAUCUUUGUUUUCUCCAGGUUAUUUAAACGGUUCCCAUUGCCCAUUUGUUGUGCCAUGGUUUUUCAUUACGUUCAAGCAAUCAUUCCUUUCUUUAACAUUUAAUACAUAUCGGACAUUGAAAACAUCACUGUAUCCUCACUGUUUGGCCAAUGUUAAUCUUAGCUUUCCUCAAUACUAAAAGCUAAUUGUUUUUACUUGAAGGCAUAGGAAACAUAUAACAAUUAAACUUUGCAUAUGCUGUAAUAAAAAUAUAUAUUUUCAAAUUAAAAAAAAAGUACAAAUAACUGAAUAGCUUAGUAGCUUCACAGAGAGAAGUUACUUGCUGUAUACUGCAGAAGAAAGACAAGCUUUUUAUUUUUCAAGAGUCUUCCUGAUUCCUCAUGUACCUCCAUUUCUACUGAAUUUAGGAGCCUAGUCCUGCAGACUUGUACUCCCUCGAGUAGUCCCAUCGACACCAGUAGGUCUACACAAGGUACAGAGGCUGCAAGACCAGUCCCUAAGUGUUGCACACAGAUAUAUGUAUAUAUAUAGAUGGAAAAAUAUCUAUUGCCAUUCUUGCCAUGAUCAUCUUAUGGGGUUUUAUUUCAAAGCCCUUCUCCUCCAGAAGCAAUGUUUUUCUGUCAUGCAUGAGUGAAGGAGUAUGUCAGCUCCCCCCUGCCCUCCCCUCCUCGAGGCAAAGGAAGCAUGUGCUUGUUUUAGGGAUCCUUUAUUUCAUUUUGUCUGUAACUAGAUGGCCUUAGUAACCAAGUAGGGUAGGGGUGGAUAUUGCAUGCUAUCCAGUGACUUAGAAAUACAUUUUGCUUGUUAUGAGCAGAGCUUUGAUCAAAUAAGUUAAUAUUUAAGAUAAUGAUAGCCACCCAGAAGACAUGUAAUUUGGAACAAUAAAAAACUAUUACCAUCACUUGCCUGCAGAAUUUUGCUUUUAAAAACCAGUUAGAAAAAAAAAUCCCUCAUAAAACUCUUAUCAUAAAAACAUAUAAGAUGACCAUGGCAUAAAUGGUAGGACAGGUUUCUUUUAAAGAGUUUAUCAUGCUACAACCAAGACUUACAAAUUAUAAUACACAUUUUACAGACCUUUGACAAAAAACUAUACAAGACAUAGUUAUCUUAAGAAACUUUCUUUUUCUUUUUCUAGAUGUGACUGAAUUGAUAAAUAGAGUUCCCAAUCCUGCUUCUGAUGAAGUUGUUGGGGAUUUCAGGGCUUAUGCAAAGAUAUGGCCAGAUCUUACAAACUGCAAUUCACAUGACGAGUCUCACUGGGUUAGUCAUGUGCACUAUUCACUGAAUUAAAAAUCAGCAGGAUUGGGUUUAAUGUGUGGUGGUGAAAGUGUGGCAAUAGAUUUAGCAGGGUCUUUAUUUUCCAACCUUUUACAAUUAGUAAUGAGCAACUUUUUUUUGUAAGUCACUAGUCUGUGAUGUAAAAUGCCCCAAAAUGAAACUGUAAUUGAAGAAAGGCACCUUUAUGUUAACUUAUAUUUUUGUUACAGUAUUUACUUUUGCCUUUUUUGAAAGUUUUCUAGAAUGUAGAGCAUCUGUGAACAACAUGAAUAAGUAACUAAGCACAAGCCUUUCGCAGUUCUCCUGAUUAUAAUUAGCUUUUAUACUAUAAAAGCUACUAUGUUGUCCCUUGAUGGUUAUGUGCUCAUGGUGUUUCCAUGCAGAAAAAUGAAAUCAAAAAGCAUCUGACAAAAGCAUCUAUUAGCAAAACAAGAUUUAAAAUGACCAGCUUUUGAUCAAGGGCAGGAAAAGAGUUCAAAGUCCUAGAGAUCCUGUUCAGCUUUCAGAUGGGUUGAGGGUGUUUGACACUUGCCAGAAAAUAUGUAGCAUCUUCAGAAGAACACUCUCAAUACAUCCAGCAGCUUCUAUAAACAAGGUACAUGAAAUACUAUAGAAUUAGCUGUUUCUGCUUUUAGUCUAAACACAGGCAUCUUGCUUGGCUUUGUUUGAGCUCGAUGCCUUGGGUCUAACCAAAGGCCAUACAAAAGGGAGCAUUGUAGCUUUUAUAAUAAAACAAUUGGAUUAUUCUACCAACUUACAGGAUUACAAAGCAGGUGCUUUUUAUUAAUUGAUGAGAGCUAAAGCUCAUUUUUGAUAGAUAAUAUAUAUUUAUUAAAUGUAUUAACGUGUGUUUUAUAACGUACCCUUUUUUCCGCUGAUUGUUGCAUACUGGUAUCUUACUGAGUACAUCUUUAAAGGAUUUUCAAGACAAUCAAUGUGUACCAUGAUGACUGUACAUAAGUAUACAAAACGACAAAGGUUGUAAAGCAUGGGCAAAUGUUUUAUUUUCAAAAUGCUGUUCUUAACGAGAAUAAAGGCUUUACUAUUUACUUACAAC